AUGUAUAUUCGUCCAUUGAAAGUUUUUGUAACCACGAAUAAAUUUGUUGGCAAAGACAACAUAUUGGAACCAGUUUUAUUAGAUAUCUAUCAUCAAAAUCAAAGUUUUUUGUACAAGAAUAAUUUAUUUCCUGAUAAAAUAACCAAUUUUAUGGGUCGACCGUUUCGUGUUUCAACUUUCACAUACAAACCAUAUACUAUAGUAAACCCCGUAAUCAAAGGUAAGCCUUAUAAAAUUGCUCGGGGUGGAAAUUUUGUAGUAAAUAACGCCACCAAGGGAGCCCCAGAAGAUUCUUUAGCAUUGCUAGACGGAACAGAAGCUCGUCCAUUUCAUCUGUACUGCUUGAAAUACAACUGCACUGUUGAGUUGCUAGAUUACGAGUUUGAAAAGUGGGGAGACAUUUGGGACGAAAAGAAUGGAACAGGACUGCUUGGAGCGGUUCUCAGACGCGAAGCAGACGCCGGAGUAGCAGCGCUUUGUCUCUGGUAUCAUGAGUAUCAUUACUUAGAUCUGGCUGCUCCACUUACUCGCACAGGCGUAACUUGUGUUGCUCCAAAACCAAGGCGAUUAUCUGCGUUCUUUAUGCCAGCUCAACCAUUCUCCAAAGCAUUGUGGAUUUGUGUUUUUAUAGGAUUUGUAUCUUCCAGUCUGAUGAUCUGCGUAGCUCGGGGAAAAGAUCGGCAAGAUCGAUUAGGACAUGCUUUUAUGACUGUAAUGGGAAUUUAUCUUGCGCAAGGAGCAAUGGGAAAAGUUGGAGGAGGUGCAAGGGUUGGAAUCAUUGCCCUUUUCCUAGUUUGCGGUUUAAUACUUGGCUUAAUAUAUGGAGCAGGUUUUAGCAGCAUUAUGACCGUACCCAGAUUUGAACCGCCAAUAGACUCGGUUCAUGAUUUACGAGAUGAUAUAGUAGCACUUUUAUCCACAUUCCGCGUGCUAACAGAAAGAAGAGCUUCACAAAGUGUCCUUGAUCGACAUUAUGCUUUGGUGUGGAGAGAUUGCCAGCAGCCAAUAACUCCUUCUUACAUUUCUAUGAUGUAUAUAAUUUUUAGUAUCAAGACAUUCAUGUCAGUAAAGAACCAAGACGCCGAUAGAUCAUCCAGUCACUUUGCUGUUGGUGAUUAUCUUACGGCAAAUGCAGUGCCCGGCUUGAGAUUGAUGCGGGAUGAUAUUUACUGGGAUCACGUUGUUGCUAUGAUGCCAAAAAGUAACGUUCAUACGCCCAAUUUAAAUAAAUUGACUCAAGAAAUUGUACAAGCAGGAUUAGUUCAUGUGUGGGAAAUGCAGGUAUCAAAUGCCCAUCAAGAUUUCAAAGUGCAACAAGGGAUACUUCUUUCAUUGCAAAGUAAAACUUCACAAGGGGAACCGGAAAUAUUAACUUUAGAACAUUUAAUUGGCGUAUUUACUAUAUGGGGACUAGGUGUUGUAAUAUCUUUGAUAUGUUUUGUGUUUGAAAUAAUUCGAAGUAAGUCUAAGCUGAAGAAAAUGUUUUAA